ACAUUUUUUCUUUGGUGUAGUUUUUGUGUGUGCUUACAUACCUGAUAUUGUCCGUUUCUCUAAAAAAUGAAUCUGGAAAAGUUAAGCGAGCUAUUGUGCUUUCAAUGUGGAAAGCUUUAUGAAUCCAUCACAAAACCUGAUGACGAAGCGAUUCUUGUCCCUGUUCUCGGUGCCUGCCUACACUCGAUUUGCAUUUUAUGCGCAACUGGUCUAGAAUCACCAAAUUCUUGUCCAAUUUGUGAAAACCCAGAAGCUUUUGGGAAUAUCAUCAGCAAUUGUACAGCUUUGCAAAAUCAUCAACUUAUAAAAAAUAAAUUGGAGAAAGAUUUCGAAGGUUCUGGAACCAAGAUUAGAAACUGCUCAAGCUGCAAGGAAGUCUCUGAAAAUCUUCAGUUUUGUAUAACCUGUGCUCAAUCUCAAGAUAUCCUAAAACAACCUUCAAACAAUGGGAAAUGGAUUGCGGUCCCACUGAGAAAAGACCUUUCAAUCAUCUGUUUAAGUUGUGGUGUUUUGGAGCACAAAGAGCAUGAGUUGGCUCCGAUUGAUAUGCUCGAGAACUUGGAAGAUAUCGCGUUACUUCUAACAAUUUCCUCUUUCAUUUCUCACAGCAAAACUGGACUCGAGGAAAUCGUAGAAUAUUUUGAAAAUGUUGAAAUACAAAUUUUCAAUUGCAAGGAAGGAUUUAAAAAUUGGAGAACACCGGAAUUUCAUGAAUGUCAGUUGGACUCUUACAAGAAGAAUUUUGUAUCGGAAAUCGAGGAAAUGACAAAAGAAAAGGUUAAAUUGAGAAGAAGAAAAUUCGAAUUUCAAGAGAAACGGGCUGAAGAUAUUAUAUUUUCACUGGAAAAAGCUUUAAUUCAAUAUUCUGGCCAACCAGAGGCAAGCUGCAGACUGCGAUUUGCUCUGGAAAAGCUCAAAGGACUCACAGAAAACUUUUCUGAAAAUUUUACGACUUCCAGGCUGGAUCCUGAAGAAAUUCUACGGAUAGAUUCUGAAAUUAAUAGAAGAAUGCAUGAGCUCGAGCAUUCUGAAAGAGAAAAAUCGUUUAUCAAGUCUGAAGAAGUUGGUGGCUUUUUCAAGUAUAGAGCUAUUGCUCAAGAAAUUCAAGAUUCUGAGGCAGAAUUAAAGAAUUUAAAGAGCCAACGAGAUGAUCUAAGUAGAUCAAGCCCAAAUGAGACAGUCUGGCACCACGUGCAAAUACCUAACGAGACCCAUGAUUCGAGCGCGUUUCCAUGA